UGCUCAAAUACUGGCAUGACUGGUCUUGAUAUUAUUGCGAUUUCAACGUCAAAUUGUGGGGCUUUGGGUUUUCCAAUCAUAACGGGUUUAGGGGUCUUCUGGUUGUGUCCAGGCUGUCCAUCCAGUCUCGUGGAAAAUAUCUUACUUUGGGUUUCCAUCGAAACUUCUGAUGCAUUGAUGCAUAUAGUUUCGAAAAUGUGGAUUCUGGUCAUAAUUCACGACUGACGCAUAAUUUCUUGAAGUUGGACGAUUCCACUCUUUUGAACGAAGCGUGUUGCCCAUCAGAGUUUUCCAGAUUCAUAUUCAGUCGUAAAGGACAGAUCUUGUCAGCUACAGACCCAUAGAAUGAUGGCUGGCGAAAGAACCUGGGAUGCUGUUGUUGUUGGAGCAGGUAUAAGUGGUUUAUCAGCCGCCAAGCUCUUACAUGAAUCGGGCCAAGAUGUACUGGUACUAGAAGCAAAUGAUCGAGUAGGAGGACGGACUCUCAAUUUCUAUGACGAGUCUAUAAAAUACGCCGAAUUGGGUGGGGCAUACAUGGGACCCACCCAGGAUCGCAUCUACCGACUCUCAAAGGAACUAGGUAUCGACAAUUUCCACGUCGAAGACGACGGUGACGUCAUAGCUUACAACAGGGGUAUAUGGCGAUAUUUAUCUGGACAAUGCCCUGCAACUUGGAACCCCCUACUCUUCAUAGACCUAAAUCAUUUCUAUCAUCUCAUUGAUGAGAUGGGCAAAAAGAUUCCAAUGGAUCGUCCCUGGGACUUUCCUGAAGCCGAAGAAUGGGACAACAUGACGGUGAAGGAGUGGUGCGAUAAGACCUUCUGGUUCCAACUCACCAGAGACACGGUUGCUGUCCAUUGCUGUACUGGGUUAUGCUGCGAACCUAGUGAUCUAUCACUGCUUUACUUUCUAUGGUAUAUCAAAGGAUGCUGUGGAUAUCUAAGGUAUUCAUCCACAGUCAAUGGUGCCCAGGAGAGAAAAUUUCACGGAGGCAGUCAAAGUAUCUCCCUAGCCAUAGCAGAGCGACUUGGACAAGAUCGAGUUUUAACGAACAACCCAGUAAGCAGUGUGUUACAGGAUGAGGAAGGUGUGACAGUUACCACAUUAGAUGGAAAGUCAUACAAGGCAAAAUAUAUAAUAGCAGCUCUUCCUCCUGCCAUGCUAACUAAGAUCAACUUCACACCUAAACUACCAGCUUUGAGAAAUCAGCUGAACCAACGCUACCCGAUGGGGGCUGUGAUCAAGACUACCAUAUACUAUGAACGCCCAUAUUGGAAGGACUCCGGUUUCUCUGGCUCAGUGUUGGCCGAUGGCAUAAUAUCAGAAAUACGAUACGAUGGCAAGGCAGCAAUUGAAAAUCGGCAUGCUCUUGUUGGAUUCAUGUCAGGUGAUGGCGCGAAGGACCACUGUCAUCUUACGAAAGAACAAAGGAGAGAUCUCAUAGCUCAGAGGUAUGCAAUAUUUUUCAAAACCGAUGAAGCUCUAAAGCCUGUUUACUAUGUUGAGAAGAACUGGAUGGAAGAACCUUUUAUAGGAGGGGGUUAUGUCGGCUACACGCCACCUGGAGUUAUCACCAAAUACUGCAGUGUUAUUCGAGAGCCCAUAGGUCGUCUUUUCUUUGCUGGUACCGAGACAGCUACUAAGUGGUCUGGAUACAUGGACGGGGCUGUCCAGGCAGGAGAGAGGGCGGCAAGAGAGAUACUUUAUGCAAUGGGUAAGAUCAGUAAGGAUGAAAUAUGGCAGGAGGAACCAGAGGCUGAGGACAUGCCGGCUCGUCCAUUUGAGGAACCUUUGGUGAAGAAGCAUCUUCCUUCAUUGAGUGGGUUUCUGAAAUACGUUGGUGGAUCUUUUCUCAUCACUGCCAUAGGAGGGACUCUGUGGAUGAAGAGGGAUGCAUUACAAACUUCCGUUAAUUUAGGGACACAGCAAUUCUUGAAACUCUUACAAUAGCCCCCCCCCCAUCCUCUGUCUUCAACCUUCAAAGUACUACUCCCCUGUAUGAAUGAUAUAUAUAUAUUAUAUUAUCAGGAAUAGAGUUGUCACAUUUUUACUUUUUUAUAUCAUUUCCAGGUUUUCCUCAAAGAAUACUGAAACAGGGUUGACUCCUCAUGUAUAACGGUUUUAUUGUAACUUGCUUGUUAAAAGUCAGGUGGGUUUUUU